AUGUUUCCAUGGUUAGGACAUGGACACAUCUCUCCUUUUCUUGAGUUAGCAAAAAAGCUUGUUACAAGAAACUUCAUCAUAUACUUGUGUUCAACUCCAGCAAAUUUCACUUCCGUCAAACAAAAGCUCAUUAAUGAAAACUUAACUGAAAAAAUUUAUCUUGUUGAACUUCGACUUCCAUCUCUUCCAAAUCUUCCUCCUCAUUACCAUACAACCAAUGGCCUCCCACCCCAUCUCAUGUCCACACUCAAGAAAGCAUUCAAGAUGUCUAGUCCAAUGUUUACUAAAAUUGUCAACACUAUCAAACCUGACUUGCUUCUUUACGAUUUGCUUCAGCCAUGGGCUCCAAGGGCUGCGUUGGAGAAUAAUAUUCCUGCAGUUGUGUUCGUCACUAGUAGUUCUGUCAUGUUUUCGCACAUGUUUCACACUUUCAGGUACCCUAGUUCAAAGUUUCCCUUCCCCUCUAUUUAUUAUCGUGACUAUGAGAUCACUCGUAUGCUCGAAAAUCAAGAUUUGGAGCCUAUUGAGCAACAACAAAAAGAUAAUACUAGUGUUAAGUUGUGCUUUGGACGAUCUUCUAAUGUUGUUUUAAUCAAAGGUUUUAAGGAAAUUGAUGGUAAAUAUAGUAGCUACUUAUCUAGGUUAACCAAGAAGAAAAUCAUUCCGGUUGGUCCACUUGUUCAAGAACCUACCAGUGAAGAUGACAAUUCUUCACAAAUUCUAACAUGGUUGAACCAAAAAGAAAAAGGAUCGAGUGUUUUUGUUUCUUUUGGCAGUGAAUAUUUCCUUACUAAGGAGGACAGGGAAGAGAUUGCUCAUGGGCUAGAGCAAAGUGGGGUUAACUUUAUAUGGGUUGUUAGGUUUCCAAAGGGUGGAAAACUCAAACUUGAACAAGCAUUACCCGAAGGUUUUUUCAAGAGGGUAGGAGAAAGGGGAAUGGUGGUUGAAGAUUGGGCGCCACAAGCUAAAAUAUUAGGAAACCCUAAUAUUGGUGGAUUCGUCAGUCAUUGUGGAUGGAAUUCUGUAAUGGAAGGAAUGAAAUUCGGCGUUCCAAUAAUUGCCAUGCCCAUGCAUCUUGACCAGCCAUUGAAUGCUAGGCUUGUGGAAGAAGUAGGGGUUGGCUUGGAAGUGGUUAGGAACAAGGAUGGCAAACUUGAUAGAGAACAAAUAGCUGCAAUGAUCAAUAGGGUUGUUCUUGAUAUGAGGGGAGAAGCUGUGAGGGAAAAAGCAAAGAAGAUGAGUGAAACAAUAAGAGUCAAAGGAGAUGAAGAGAUCGAUGUAGUUGUCCAAGAGUUGCUGAAACUUUGCAAGAGAAAUGUGGUCUAA